UCUAGAUAAGUGGUUUUGUAUCUAAAAUCAGUUGAUUAUUAAAUUUCCUUUGCAGAGGGGCAGGAGAAAGUAAAUCUAAACUAUUUAAGCUUAAAUUUAUACCUUAGUUAAGACCGGACAUUAUAAGUUAAAACGAUUUUAAAGCUUAAAAUAAUUCUCCUAACGACAUUAGCAUAAACAUUUACAUAGCUUAGUUUGCAUUUGACUGAGGUGUACGUAAGGUGUAUUGUGCGGUUUUGAAUAUACCCAGCGCUAGGUGUUAAACUACUUAUUUGGUAUUGAGAUAAUUAAUUAUCUUACUAAUUAUGGAGGUAGAAAUUUUGAAUCCAAAAACUUCUAAACCAUAUGGAAAAUGUAAUAUUGAAAGUCCAAAGAUUACAGUCAGUGAAUUACGUCAAAUAAUUCAGAAACAAAUAAAAAAUACGCCACAUGCAGAUAGAAUAUCAUUAAAAUUAGAAGCAAAAGGCAAAACCUUGAAAGAUUCCGAUACUUUAGAAAAAUUAGGUGUCCGAAAUGGAACCAAGUUAUAUCUAAAAGAUCUUGGACCACAAAUUGGCUGGAGUACAGUGUUUCUAGCAGAAUAUGCUGGCCCUUUAGCAGUAUAUUUAUGGGUAUAUCAACGUCCAUACAUUUUUUAUGGAGAUACUACAGAUGCCGUUAUAUCAACUACAGCUCAUAUUGCAGCAGCUUGUUGGACUUUGCAUUAUGCUAAGAGACUGUUGGAAACAAUUUUUGUACAUCGAUUUUCCCAUUCCACUAUGCCAAUAAGAAAUCUAUUUAAAAAUUGUGCUUACUACUGGGGUUUCACAGCAUAUGUUGCAUUUCAUGUAAAUCAUCCGCUAUUUACACCACCAUGUCUAAUGCAAGUUUAUGGAGCAUUGGCAGGAUUCAUUCUUUGCGAACUCGGCAAUUUCUCAAUUCAUAUUAACUUAAGAAAUUUAAGACCACCAGGCAGCAAAGUAAGAAAAAUUCCUAAACCGGAUGGUAAUCCCUUAACCAAACUUUACAAUUUUGUAUCUUGCCCAAAUUACACAUAUGAGAUUGGAGCUUGGGUAUUUUUCUCUAUAAUGACCUCAUGCAUUCCAGCCGGUUUAUUCGCUUUUGCUGGUGCUUAUCAAAUGACUAUUUGGGCAUUAGGAAAACACAGAAAUUACAAAAAGGAGUUCAAUGAUUAUCCAAAGAGUCGAAAAGCAAUUUUCCCCUUUUUACUUUAAAUUUCUCCUAGGUUUUCACAUUUAGUUUUUAAUUUAGUGGUGUUUUUCUAAUAUUAAAUUUCUGGUUCGGACGAUUGAUUGCUUUUUAGGAAUAAUUAUUUUAAUUCUGUUAUUAUAUUAAGUACAUAUGUAUUUAAUUUUUUUUUUGAAUGAUUCAAGAACAAAUUGGUCAGAGAUUAUUAUGUUGAAAUUUAUAAUUAAUUCAGAAAGUUGUAAUAUUAAAGCAUUUUCCUUUUGUACACAAAAUUGUUUUAUUAUGCCAUAGGUUAU